GCCUUGUCCGACAAGGUCAAAAUCUCGAAGAUAUCGGUGCAGGUGAUCAAGGCAUUAUGUUUGGAUACGCAACUGAUGAAACUCCCGAAUUAAUGCCACUCACAAUUACACUUGCACAUAAAUUGAAUAAAAGAAUGUCUGAUCUUCGUAGAAAUGGCAAUUCUUGGAUUAGACCAGAUUCUAAAACACAAGUUACUGUACGUUAUAAAAAUGACAAUGGAGCCUUAAUCCCUCUUGAAGUUGAUACAAUUGUUAUCUCCAUACAACAUUCACCUGACAUUACUUUAAAAGAUUUGCAACAACAAUUAAAUGAACAAGUUAUCAAACCAGUUAUACCUGCAAAAUAUCUUACCGAAAAAACUGUUUAUCAUUUACAGCCAUCUGGAAAAUUCAUUAUUGGUGGUCCUCAAG